AUGGAGUGCAGAUAUCCUCCUCCAAAUGAAGACGAGGACAGCCCUAUGGAAUCAUCUAGUGCCCAGGAAGAAACAGAGAGUGGCACUGUGACCCUACCAAGGGAUUCCACACAAGCAACACGCUUGCUUGAGACGAGAUUAUUCCACCAGUAUAUGACUUCAACGUACCAUACGCUGUCGCAGGAUGGACUGUCAGGACACCAUCUCUCCAUGACCAUUCCUCGCAUGGCCGCAUCUUGCCCUUACCUGCUUGACAGCAUCCACGCAUUCUCAGCCUUACACUUGGCCUCGGUUGAAACUGAUAAUCGAGCUUUAUGGCUGAAUCAUGCCGUGCGAUAUCAGAGCCAGGCAUGCGCUGGACUAAGUAAGGUUCUUCCAGAAAUCUCACCACCAGAUUAUGAACCAGCAUUUGUCUCGUCCAUCAUCAUAAUGCUAUUUGCCAUGGGAUCUCGAGUACUGUCUCUUGAAAAUCGAACACUGGACCCGCUUUUGGUUGUUCUCGAGGCUCGUACAUUGAUGUCCGGCCCCGCCAUGCUUUUUUCCCGGAUACUUGAAGGCGGGGUUGACGCACAGCUGGAUGGAUGGCUGUGCACUCCUGACACACCAGAAAGCCUCGAAACUGGGAAACAUGAUCACCAAGAUGUGGAGAAACAGCUUGAGUUGGCCCUGCCAGCAUCUUCUUCCCCUGUACCGACUCUUGGGCAUUGCGUACCGCAGAGAAAUUGGAGGCAGACUCUAGUCAACAUGCUACAACCGAUCAGAUUAGGCGUUUUAGCGAUUCUAUCGCUGCUGUUGAUCGCAAUUCAUCUACCCACUGCCAACACCUUCCCCUUGGAGUUCUCCGAGCGAGACACGAAUGCUGGCCACGGGUCGCACGGUAAGAUUGGUCCUGGAAAGCUGGGCGCUGUUGCUAGCGAAAGCUCAAUCUGCUCGCGCCAUGGAUCUGAUAUUCUGGAGAAGGGCGGAAACGCUGCUGACGCUUUGGUCGCGACACAAUUUUGUAUUGGUGUCGUAGGGAUGUACCACAGUGGAAUCGGUGGAGGUGGCUUUAUGCUCGUGAGAUCAGCAAAGGGUGAUUACGAGUUUAUUGAUUUCCGAGAGACGGCCCCAGCUGCAGCAUUCGAAGAUAUGUACAAAGGCAACGAGGAUGCUUCAAUAUACGGCGGACUAGCAAGUGGAGUACCGGGCGAAGUGCGAGGUCUCGAGCACCUCCAUAAGAAAUACGGCUCUCUCCCAUGGUCGACUGUUGUGCAACCCGCUAUCCACACAGCCCGGCACGGGUUCCCUGUCACAGAAGAUCUUGUCAAAUACAUGGCAUCUGCUGUUGGCACUGGAGAGGACUUCCUGACCAAGAACCCCACAUGGGCAAUUGACUUUGCUCCGAAUGGAACUAGACUUGGGUUAGGCGAUACAAUUACCCGACGACGGUAUGCGGAUACUCUCGAGACUAUCGCGCAGCGUGGCGCGGAUGCACUCUACUCGGGCCCCAUCGCGGAGACUAUGAUCAAUGCUCUACAGAGCGAGAAUGGGACAAUGACGCUCGAAGACCUUAAAAAUUACACUGUCGCCAUUCGGGAUAUCUCUCAGAUUAACUACCGUGGCUACAAGAUCACGAGUACGUCGGCCCCCUCGAGUGGUAGUAUCGCCAUGAGUAUUUUGAAGAUCCUGGGUACAUACAAAGAUUUCUUCACGACUGAACAAUCUGUGAAUUUGAGUACCCACCGAUUGGACGAGGCGAUGCGAUUUGGAUAUGGCGAGAGAUCUAACUUUGGUGAUCCCCUGUUUGUUGACGGGAUGGCCAAGUAUGAGAAGGAGAUUUUGGAACAGUCUACAAUUGACGACAUUCGAUCUAAAAUCUCAGAUGUGCGAACUCAGAACGUAUCUGUUUAUGAUCCAGCCGGACUGGAAAGCCUGGACACCCCUGGAACUUCCCAUAUCGCAGUAGCCGACCACACUGGCCUUGCAAUCUCCGUAAUCACCACAAUCAACCUACUAUUUGGUAGCCAUAUCAUGGUGCCAGAAACCGGUAUCAUCAUGAACAACGAGAUGAACGACUUCUCCAUUCCUGGAUCAUCGAACUCAUUCGGAUACAUCCCCUCUGUAUCUAACUAUGUUCGCCCUGGAAAACGCCCCCUUUCCUCUAUCACGCCCGCGAUAGUUGAGCGACCCAAUGGCAAGCUAUUCCUGAUUGCGGGAUCCGCCGGAGGCAGCCGUAUCAUCACCGCGACCGUCCAGAACAUUAUCCAUUCCAUUGAUCAGGGACUCUCUGCCGCCAAAGCGUUGGCCAAACCCCGUCUACAUGAUCAGCUGAUUCCGAACCAGGUCAGCUUCGAAUACACUUAUGAUAAUGCAACGGUCGCCUCCAUGAAGGCACGCGGUCAUAAUGUUACUUGGGUUGCUCCGGGGCAGAGUACUGCCCAGCUGAUUCGGGUCUUGCCUAAUGGAACAUUCGAUGCUGCUGACCGGUCUAGCAAGUUCAAGUCUUUCGCAAUGCAUCCCUUUGUUGGAGCUAGCCUUCGUCGUGAUCUCCCCGAGAAGAGCACGCAUUUGACUGCACAGAAGACUUGCAGUUCGACGUAA